AGUUUACGCCCACUUUACCACAGACCAAUAUUCGAUUCGUUGACGUUUUCGACGGUAUGGAUAAAUAUAAAAGUCUGUGUGCAUUCAGAGACACUCGUUCCCAAACCCACUGACAGAUUCAGAAGGACAGAAGUCGCUCUCCAGUAUGUGUGAACUCGAGAAACAACAGAGAAGGGACUCGUACGAUUCCAAACCCUGGGAGAGUCUGGGCAGCCCGACGAUGAAGUCUCCCACCUCCGGGCUUCCUCUGCUGGACCGGCUUUACAAGGACACCAUGUUCCCGGUGCAGAACAUGCCGAUUCUGCAAAACAUGGUUUGGAAACGACCACAGGAGAUCUGUAGGUUUCCAAAGUUUAUUGCAGAUGGAGCCACACGUAUGGACAUCUGCCAGGGAAAACUGAAUGACUGCUGGUUCCUGUCUGCGGUGGCGUCUCUCUCUCUCAACAAUACUCUUCUGGAUCAGGUCGUUCCCCCAGGACAAGACUUUCAGAGUGGAUACAACGGCCGCUUCCGUUUUCGGUUUUGGCAGUAUGGUGAGUGGACUGAGGUGCAAAUUGAUGACCGCUUGCCGACAGAAAACGGUGAACUGGUUUAUAUGCGCUCCACAAACAGAGAAGAAUUCUGGAGCGCUCUACUGGAGAAAGCUUAUGCCAAGCUGAAGGGUGGUUAUACUGCUCUGGACAUGGGUUUACCUCACGAGGCUCUGGCAGACAUGACAGGUGGGAUUACAGAGGGAUUCCCGGUGCCCUCUGACCCUCAAAUACUGGACUCUCUCCUGCACCCGCUGCUGCAUAAAGGAGCUCUGGUCAACUGUGCUAGCACAGAGGGUUCCUUCGGAGAGAGAAAUAAGUUUGGGAUUGUGUACUACCAUGCCUACACCAUGACUGGCUUUGAGACGAUCUCGACUACGAAAGGUCCGGUUCAUCUGGUGCGGAUCAGGAACCCGUGGGGGAACACUGAGUGGAGUGGGCCUUGGAGUGACAAAGGGAGAGAGUGGAAUGAUGUGAGCGCUGAAGAGCAGUGGCGUGUGGAGAGAGUCCAGAAAGAAGACGGGGAAUUCUGGAUGACUCCGGAAGAUUUCUGCCGGAACUUUUCUGUGAUAGAGAUUUGUCAUUUGAGCGAAAUAACACUGAGUGAGAGCAAAGUCAUAAAGCCCUGGAAAUUUACUAUGUAUCACGGACGCUGGAGUCCUCGGCAAGGGCCUCCUCAGUACAGUCUGAACCUGCUGGAGGAGGACGAAAUCUCCAUCUCCAGAGGUCCUGAAAGACAGUGCUCAUUCCUGCUGGCGCUCAUGCAGAAACACACUCGUAAGACAGGAGGGCCGUACAACACCGCGCUGCUCAUAUACAAGGCCCCAUCCGAUCGUGAUUUCCUCUCCUCUCGAGACUUGGCUCAGUUAACCCCGGAGCGCCGCAUGGCUGUAAUGCAGCGCCGGGAGCUGGUGUAUCGCGAUCACCUGCCACCCGGUCGUUACAUCAUCGUUCCCCAAACAGAGAACAGGAGGGGGGGAGAAUUCAUUCUGAGAGUCCUGACUGAGAAAGGAAACCAAACCAUAGCUGUUGGGACAUCAGAAGUAGAAGAAGAACACUCGAUUACACCGCCGAUGUCUCCGCGUCUCGCAGGUCUGCUGUCUAUAAAUGAAGUGGGCAAUCUCUUUGUGAAACACUGUGGCAAGGAGCCUUAUUGUACCCCUUCAGAUCUGUAUAACAUGCUGACCGAAGCCAUUGCCAGUGGAGUCUUUGCAGGUAGCGAGAAGCAGCUGAGUUUGGAGCACUGCAAGAGUUUCGUGGUGCUCAUGGAUAGCCAAGGAAAGGGACAACUCGACUUGAUGGAGUUUCAGGCAUUGUGGGAACAUCUCUGGGAGUGGACGGGUAUUUUUUUGACAUUCGACAAAAACAAGAACCAGGUGCUGGAUUAUUAUGAAAUCCCACCCGCUCUGAGAGCAGCAGGUAUAAAGGUGGAUGAUUUCAUAAUGCAGCUGAUUGUCCUGCGCUACUCGGAGACUGGUGGUAAAGUCAGCUUCCCGGGAUUCCUCUUCCUGCUCACCAAACUGAACUUCAUGAUACGCGAGUUUCAGGCAUGUGAUGUGACAGGGAAGGGAGUGAUUUCAGUCAACUUCAGAAAGUUCCUGCAAAUGACCAUGUACAACUGAUUCCAGACCAGCUGCAGGGAAACAGCUCUAUACAAGCAGUUCGUUCCUGGAGUGGAAGUUGAUUGGUCAAUACAGCGUUACAAUUAAGCUACAAUACAAUACAUUCUGUAUUAAUAGAUAUGAUGCAAAACACAGCUACUUUAUAUGUAUCACUGCACAGCACUCGCAGAGAUCUACUAUUAAUCUUUAUAUGUUUACUGCUUUGACUUUUUCUAGUGGACAGAUGCCAACUAAUGAAUUUGCUUAAUAAAAAGAGAUUUUUAAAGAAAA